AUGGGCGCCAAUCUUUCCUCCACAUUCGUUCCGGAUCUCUCGGGCGUCGUCCUCAGCCCUCAAGACAAAGACUCAGACAUUCACCUCGCCGUCUUCUGGGGCGCAACUCUCUACAUCUGCGCCAUGAUCUUUAGCACAUGCGCACUCAUCGACCGCUGGAAGGGCCCUUACGACCGCAUCCGGACGACGGGAGGUUCAGUGCUCGGAGCGCUGUUACUAUCCACGGCUUGGCCUGUCGUCAUGGCCUACCUCACCUUUAAUCCCGCGCUUGCCGAUUGA